GGCUGUGCAAGGGGCCGGGCACUGCCCCCGGCUGUGCUCGGAGCUCCUCCUGCAGAGCCCAGGCACACAGGGGCAUAGCCCGGCUAAGCUCAGUAGCCCUCACACCUGCCUGAGCAGGGAACCAGCCAGGGCUGCGGGAGGGGCAGCAACCUGCACGCCGGGUUUUCAGGGGGCUGCUGCAGGCGGAGCAGAUGGUGAUGGUGGGGGCAGGGGGCGGGACACGCCCCCCCUCUAAUCCAGCAUGAGCUGUGAGCCUUGAAGACCUGGGGUGGGAGGCCAGAGCCAGGCCCCAGGACUCGAGGCCAGGUCACAUGAGGUGAGAGCUGACCUGCUCUGCUGAUGCCCCCCAGGGCAGCUCCAGUCUCUGGAGCUGUGGGGCAGGAUCUGGCCAUGAGCCCACAGGGCUGUGUCUGCCAGGCACAGCUGGGGCUCCAUGGAGCUCCCACCCUGCUAGGGUGACCGGAUGGGAGUAGGAGGCAGGGGUCACACGCCUGUAUAAGAAAAAGCCCUAAAUAUCAGGACAUCCGGUCACCUUACCCCCUCCCAGGCAUGGAGGAAGAGCUCUGGCCGUGCCACAGGGAUGAGCGGGCCCUGGAUGAGGAGGACGAUUGGGACCCUUCCGAGUGGCGGCGGAGCACGGUGGAGGAGAAGUUUGCUUACAUCCUCCCCGCUGAGAGCAGCUCCUCACACCAAGGGAUGCGCAAAUGCUUGGACGAGGGUGACAUCAUGACUGAUGAGGAUGUCGCGAACGUGAGAGACGUCGGGGAGCUGCGGCUGAGGGAUCGCUGGCGUCUCUACAGGAGGUGGAUGCUGGCCUACGAGCGUCAGCUGAAGGAGACGCUGGUGGAGAAGCUGGAGGAGUACGAGAAGAAAGCAGCCCAGCUAGCGGAGCUGACCUUCCAGGAGGACCUGUGGGUGCUGAAACGCAGCCAGGUCAUUGGCAUGACGACAACAGGGGCUGCUAAGUACCGAAAGCUCUUGCAGAAAAUCCAGCCCCACACUGUGAUUGUGGAAGAGGCAGCAGAGAUCCUGGAAGCGCACGUUCUAACCUGCCUCACACCGGCCUGCAAACACCUCAUCCUGAUUGGAGAUCACCAGCAGCUGCGACCCAAACCCGCCGAUUACACCUUGGAGAAGAAGUAUUUCCUCGGCAUCUCCCUGUUCGAGCGCAUGAUAAAUAAUCAGAUCCCCUACGUGCAGCUGCUCUAUCAGCACCGCAUGCGCCCCGAGAUUUCCCAGCUGCUGGUCCCGCUCUUCUACAAACAGCUCAAAGACCACGAGGCCGUUGCUGAAUAUGAACAGAUCAAGGGCGUGGAGAGCAGCGUCUUCUUCAUCCAGCACACAGCGGCCGAGAGCCACAGCGCUGACUCCGAGAGCUACAGCAACAAGUUUGAGGCUUCAUUCCUGGUCUCGCUGAGCAGAUACCUCCUGGAGCAGGGAUACAACAAGAGCCAAGUCACCAUUCUGACCCCCUACCACGGCCAGGUGCUGAAGAUCCGCGCACUGCUGAGGAGCAGAGACAUGGGAGACAUGGCUGUCCAUGCCGUGGAUGACUUCCAAGGGGAGGAGAAUGACAUCGUUCUUCUCUCGCUAGUACGAAGCAACAGAGAAGGGAGGAUUGGUUUCCUCCAGGAUAAAAAUCGGCUCUGUGUGGCUUUCUCGCGGGCCAGAAAGGGCUUCUAUUGCAUUGGAAACCUAGCCAGCAUUGCAGCUGGGUCCAACAGCAAUCUGUGGAAAGAUAUUCUACGUCUCCUAAAGAGAAAGAAACUUAUGGGGGAAGGGUUGACGCUGAUGUGUCAAAAUCACCCCGAUACCAAGACAGUGGUGAACGAGAGUUCGGACUUCAGUAAAAUCCCUGACGGAGGCUGCACGCUCCAGUGCCAAGCCCGGCUGGAAUGCGGCCACCCCUGCACGCGCCGCUGCCACCCGUCUGACAGGGAUCACAGCCUAUACUUUUGCCAGUUCCCGUGCUCCAAGCUGUGUGAGCUCAACCACAGGUGUCCGAGAAAGUGCAAGGAACCAUGCGAACCUUGUUCCGUGGAAGUGGAAAAAGUCAUUCCAAAGUGUGGGCACCUCCAGACCGUCCCCUGUCACAUGCCAGCUGAUCACUGGCUCUGCCAAGAGCCAUGCAAGCAGCUUCUGGAAUGCAAACACCCAUGCACGCGCCGCUGUGGGGAAGCCUGCAGCACCUGCAGGUGCAAGGAAAUGAUUGACGUUACUCUGCCCUGUUCUCACGUAAUGAGAACUGAAUGCUACAAGCAGAAAAUGCCUCUGAGCUGCCUGGAGACAUGCAAACAGAAACUUGAGUGUGGACACCACUGCAAAGGAAACUGCUAUGAAUGUGUGCAGGGCAGGUUGCACGUCCACUGCCGUAACAAGUGCACAAGGGUCCUUCUGUGUUCCCACCAGUGCCAGGAAUCGUGUUUUGAGAACUGUCCUCCAUGCAAGAGAAAAUGCCCCAACAAGUGCAGACACAGCCACUGCGAUAAGCGAUGCGGGGAGAUCUGCUUUCCCUGUAUACAGCCCUGUUCCUGGAAAUGCAGGCACUACCGGUGCACACAACUCUGCUCUGAGAGGUGCAAUCGCCCCCGCUGCAAUGAGCCCUGCCAAAAAUCACUCAAAUGCAGCCACCCCUGCGCAGGCCUUUGUGGAGAGCCGUGUCCGCCCAAGUGUCGCACGUGCCACAGAGACGAGCUGGCAGAGAUUUUCUUUGGGGACGAAGACGAGCCAGAGGCCCGUUUCGUUGUCCUAGAAGACUGCGGACAUGUUUUGGAGGUGCGGGGCCUGGAUCGCUGGAUGGAUGGCGAGCCAGACAACGCCCAGGCCCAACACGUCCAGCUGAAGGUGUGCCCCAAAUGCGCGACACCCAUCCAGCACAACACACGUUACAACAACGUGAUCAAGGCCAUACAGCAAAAAAUCAAGGAGAUAAAAUUGAAGAUUCAGGGAACCAGGGAAGAACUUGAAGCUGGAAAGCAGCGACUGCUCCUUCAACUGAACAGUGACAGAGACCUUGUGGCCUGGAUGGGUAUGGAAAGAAGCAUUAUGAACACUGUCUCCCGUCAGAGCCUUCUGGACUUGGAGAAUACCCUAAAUUUCUUUGCAAGUCUCUCCAGACUGAAGCAACAAGCGAGGAAGUGCACAGUGGCGAGAGAACGCAAUUUGAAAAGGAAGAUUGAGGCUGUGGAGCACUGGAUCGGCAGAAACAGACAUGCCUUCACAGCUCAGCAGCUCAGGGAAUGCAGGAAUGAGAUCAAGAGGAUAUCGUACCUGGGAAACAUCUUUGAGCGGCUGAGUGGCUACGAAAACAAACAAGCAUCGUUACCCACCGAGGCCGUGGCACUUGCUAACGAAGCCAUAGGCAUCCUCCAGCGGCAGGACCCUUUCACCCAGAGUCGGGAGGAAUCUCUCCAGAGGGUGCUGGAGAAGAUUGAUGAGUGGCUUCCUGCUGCAGAACUGCAGCUCUCUGAGGCAGAGAGGGUCAUGAUAACAGAGGCCAUGCAAUUCGGCAGAGGCCACUGGUACAGGUGCCCUCAGGGCCAUUUGUACACGAUUGGGGAAUGCGGCCGCCCAAUGCAGCAGAGCAGCUGCCCUGAGUGCGGAGCUACCAUUGGGGGGCAAAACCACGCGCUCACUCAGGAUAAUGUCGCCGACGAUCAAAUACUGGAAUCCGCUAGUGCACAGGAGCGAGAACCACGUUUACAGGACAGUAUCUUAGCUCUGCCCCGCUCCUGCGAUCAGCCAUGGUCACCCACCUGCUGCCCACCCAGCCCCCACCCUCAGCCCGACUCAUCCCCCCCUUGCCGGUGCAGCCCCCACCCUCAGCCAGGCUCACCGCCCCCUGCGUCACCCAGCCCCCACCCUCAGCCCGACUCGCCGCCCCCUGCGUCACCCAGCCCCCACCCUCAGCCCGACUCGCCGCCCCCUGCGUCACCCAGCCCCCACCCUCAGCCCGACUCGCCGCCCCCUGCGUCACCCAGCCCCCACCCUCAGCCCGACUCGCCGCCCCCUCGCCUGCCCAGCCCCCACCCUCAGCCCGACUCGCCGCCCCCUCGCCUGCCCAGCCCCCACCCUCAGCCCGACUCGCCGCCCCCUCGCCUGCCCAGCCCCCACCCUCAGCCCGACUCGCCGCCCCCUCGCCUGCCCAGCCCCCACCCUCAGCCCGACUCACCAAUCUAGCCCCCUCUGCCAGCUGGCCUUGCCAACCUCCUGCCUGCUGUCAGGCACCACAGGCCUUGAACCCAGGCCCAUGGGCGUGCCAAGCAGGCACCUUACUCUUUGCGCCACUGACAGCAAGGCAGGGAAACCGCUGCUAAUGCUCCACCUGCUGAGUCAGCAGGGCCAGGUGACUAACGCAGACAGCUGACUGGACACCACUGGGCAUAAAGCUUCUUGUUCCUGCCCCACCCCUUGCCUGAGCCUGGCGCUGACCGGUCCCCCACAACCAAGUUCCUGGCUCCUUGCCUGGUUCCCCCUCCUUGUUCCUCAUCCCAACCCCCAUUAUUGACUCCAGCUUUCACACCUGACGUGGCUUUGGACUCUGACUCAUCCUGUGACCCUUGCCGUGAUUCCUGUGCACGACCCUGACUCUGUUCUGAGCUUUGACCAGUAGGUGAAACUGCCCCUGUAUGGGCCCUGACAGUUUGCUCAGACUCCCUCGGUCUCUUCCAGGACUUGUUGCUGUUCCCCUGAACUGAGUAUGGACACUGCUGGGUUCUCCACCGCACUGAUGCCCCAGGGGCCUGUGCGUCUGCAGGAACACAUGACUGUCCUCCAGGCUGAGAACCAGAGCCUGAGAGAUCACGUAUGGCAACUACAGACAGCAGACUUCUCCCUGCAGGAACCCAUUGCAGCUCUCAGAGCAGCUGCUGGUACCCGCGCCUCCCCUUGUGACACCAGCUGGGUAACCAGCCCGAAUUCUGCUCGCAGAGAUACACCAUGGCACCAUCUGCAAGCCUCCUGUUUAUGCUCCAAUCCCAGGAAUAGGUCAUGGACCAGGUCAAGGUGGGGCAGCUACUUAACUUGCUUAUCGCGGAAUCUCUAGCAUAGGCAUCUCUACUUCUAGAGCAAGACCCCCCUGUGCUGACAUGCUGGGCUUCUUUCCUGCAUGCAUCUGUGACGAAUCAGCUAAAGCCCGCAUGGCGGAGAUUGCCUUAUGUAAGGGGUUGGCCCCUUGCUAUGUCGCCCAGUUUAGAUACUUGGCCACAGACACCAUCUGGAAUGAUGUCCCACUCCUCCAUCAGUUUCAGUCCAAUCGGUGUGAUGAAUUAAAGGACAAGCUGACAUGGGUAGAUGCUCCUGCCAAGUUGGAGGCUUUUAUGGACCUGUGUAUCAGAACGGACACCAGGCUUCAUGAAUGACAAAUGGAACGCAGGCAGACUGUCUACCUUCUGCACCUGCCCAAGGUCCAGGCCUCAGACUCAAGGAAGCCUGGUUCUGGUCAAGUCCACGCAGAUAGAUGUGGUGCAUGUCUCCAGGCACAUGAGUGGGCCAGAGAUGGGAAAACUUGUUUCUACUGUGAGCAAAAAACCCGUCUGCGGUAAUUUGCAGAGAAACGCUAAAUCUUUUUUUUUAAAUAAAGGUUUUAAUACCUAAAUUUUAGUGAGGAAUAGAAAGAGAUUUGAUGUCUAUUAUAACAGGAGUUAAAGUUUACGGUUUUUUACAUGGUUUAAGCAUUUCUUGCUUUAUUCUUUUAGUGGUAAAAAUUGUCUGAAUUCUGUUUGAAUAUAAAUAAUAUUAAAGGCCUCUGAAGUCAAAGGGUGAUACAAGAGAUUUUUCAGCUGCUCUGUGUAAGGAAUUCAGCACUAAGAGCGCUGCACAGCCACCAGGAGCCGAAGCAGGGAGAGAUCGGACUUAAACUUGUUUAAAAUAAUAAAAAGUGGAGCAGUGACAGUGAAUGGUAGGGUUAGGGUCUACUCAGCUAUGGAUAGCUUAUAACUGUAGAGGUUUAAUAGUUAAAGAUAGUUUUAGGUGGUUACGACUAGCGAUAGCAAGGUGGCUGUCAUAGGCAGUCAGAGAAAUCCAAAAUGCAGGUCUGGGAGUGAUUCGGCCAACAGCACGCAGGGAGGCUGAGGUGAAAUAAAGGGAGAGAUCAAUCAGGCAAGAUGCGAGUCGUCAAUCAGAUCAGUCAAAUAAGGCACAAAUUUUCAAUCAGGUCUAGCUUUGACUGACAGAUAGAGGGCGUAAACAUGACUGGGGGGAAUACUUAGGAUUGUAAAAAUAACCAACCCCAAUAGGCCAAAAUCUGUCUAUAAGGCAGAGAGCUACACUCUUGAGUCAGAGCGAGUGGAAGGUGCUGGUGUGUGUAUAAGCAGUAGGAGAAUGAAGGAUACACAGAAAAGAACUAAAAUCACUUAAGGAGAGACAAGCAGUAACAAUGGAGCAGUAGCAACGCUGCUAACAGUGACAGAGCAGCAGCAGCUCUCAAAUGGAAAAGAAUUUAGUAGAGAAAGGGAGCAAAAUAACUCUCCAGUUUAAGAAUAAUUAAACGGUGUGAGUAAGUAUCUGGGAUAAUACAGAUGGAUGUUUUUGUGUGUGUGAUGAUUUAGAUGUUUAAGGAUUUGCUGUCAGCAUUGUGUGUGUGACUGGCCAUCACAUAUGGAAUGUAACCACUUGAAGCAAUUUAAAAACUGUAUGAUAUUGCAAUUGUGAAUACUUAGUCAAUUAGCACAGAUCACAUUAUGCCUUGUUAAGAACAUCUAUGGAUUCUUUAUCAUCUUCUUAAUAAACUUGUUGUAUUAGGGAAUGUUGUGUUAAUAAAGAAUAUUCUUGUUUUCAAAGAAUACGCCUGAGUGUCAAUCCUAUGAGUAGAAGACUGUAUCCGUGUCCUUCCAAGGAUCAACAGAGCUAGUCUGUCCUGUGGAGUCCUCCACAGGUCAGAGAGAAACCCCCUGGCAAAUCCUCUCAAGUGGGCCCACCCCCUUUUACCUCCCAAAAUAGACAAAUUAAUAGACUGAGUUAUUGGGGCAGGCAGGCCAUUGAGGGGUGACUAAAGUCUGAUGGGGGGGGGGUGGUAACAGGGCUGGUUCCUGGAAAAGGAUUCAAACAGGGAAGUGAACAAAACCAAAUGGGUGGGAUGGGCUGGAGGAAAGAGAAUGCCCUGUUGGUUUUAAGUCCUGGGCACACCUGGAGGGAGAGCAGGCAGAAAAGGAUCCCACAGUGAUCCGAGAGAUGGUUUUUAGAUUAUGACCCCACAACAGAACGGUCAAGAGCAAAAUAUUUGCUCCUGAAGAGCAAACCAGCAAGAGCACCUGGUCCCCAGUUGUGCUGACAAGAAGAAAACAUUAAAUCUAAUUUUAAAAGUCCUUCACAUUUGUGAAGGAAAAAGGGUAGAUGAUGGAGUCCUGCACCCAGCUCCCCUCCGUGACGCAGUGAGCCUUCAGUCCUCCCGAUGCAGGACGACUUAAGAUGUAGGACAAAGGGCAGGUAAAGGAUGCACUCUCUGUACCUCUCGCUCUGAUGAAGGAUGGACAUACCUAGUAUGACAGAGUAAGAACAACAGGCUUGGGACCAUUACUAGCAUUUCUCCACUCCUCCCUUCCUCCACCUUUUAGCUUUUUCUUUGCUAGUUUUUGUUCCUCUUGGAUUCUGUAGUUAGGGUGAGGAUUUUCCAGUGUGAUUUGGGGGAGCUCAGCUCUCUUUCCUCCAGGGUGGGGAAUGGGCUCUGCCAGCACAGCUGAUAGAUUGUGCUUUAUUCACAUUGUUCUGUCAUCUUAUUCUCAGCAACAGCUAAAGUGCGUUUAAUUGAAGGUGUGUAGGAGGGAGCAUGUGUGACCCUAUGGCAACCUAGAUGUUACAGUACUUCAAAUAAUAAUCGACAGUCAAUUUAACCUCAUACCAGAGUGAUUAGUACCUCCACAUAGAAACAAAAUGACACACGCACCUUAAGAACUGGGCAAGUAGGAAGGACACAAUGACCUGGUUAGACCUAAACAAACAACCCUCCCACAGAGGCCACCCUGACAGUGAGAGGCCACCCAGGAUUGAGGCCUAUGGUGCUAGGUACUGCGUAAGCCUGGAACACAGAGGCGUUAAACGUAGGACUUGCCCAUGGAUCCCGCCUGCACUGAUGUGGCCCUAGAGCUUUUAAAAUGAUGAUCACAGACACGCCCCUCAUGGUUGCCAGGUGAAAAUUCUAAUUAAGAACUGAGAGGAACAGGAGGUGGCACCAUCCUCCAGAGCUUGCUGAUAACCUGGAACAAUGAGCCAGAUCCUGGUCCCUGCCCCAACCACUGUAUGCCACUAUGUCCCUCUGCCUUACAGUCACCCCUCUGCCCACUCCCUUUAUUUCUUG